GGGCGCACGUUGCUGGUGGGCGCGGCGGGGCCGGGCGUCCGCGUGAGCCCCCGCGGCCUUGGCGCCGUGACCGCCGCGCUCGUCCGUGGCCCUCGGCAGCGGGGCCCGGGCCGUCGCGCCGGGAGGAGCUUCGUCCACGUCCGCAGAGACGCUGAUAUCUAUCGUCAUCCUUCAAAAUGCAAUGGAAUGUACCAAGGACUGUAUUUCGACUGGCACACAGGACGGGCCUGGAACCACAAAAAGCUGGCCUUUGGGGACACCGUCAAGACAUGAAAGGACCAUUCAUUUUGUUUCAUGCUAAAUCCAAGGUGGUUUUAGCACAAAGCCCUCAAAAACAGUGGCUGCACUUAGCUGCCGCCCAGUGUGUUACAAAACAGAGCAAAACCUUGGCUGCUCAUCCCCCCGGACCUGAGACGCUGCGCCCUAAGCCAUGGGAGCAAACUGCUGUGUCCCGGAGGGUGUUAUCAUCCAGGGCCACAGGCCACGGAGUUCCUUCAGACAAAAAGGAAGAGCCUGAUCCUUUACAAGACAAAUCUAUUAGUCUUUAUCAACGAUUUAAGAGAACAUUUAGGCAAUAUGGGAAAGUUUUGAUUCCAGUGCACCUAAUAACUUCUGGCGUUUGGUUUGGAACAUUUUAUUAUGCAGCCAUCAAAGGAGUGAAUGUCAUUCCUUUUCUAGAACUCAUUGGGUUACCUGACAGCAUAGUAAACAUCCUGAAAAAUUCCCAGAGUGGAAAUGCGCUGACAGCAUAUGCCAUGUUUAAGAUUGCGACACCUGCCCGGUACACCGUGACCUUGGGAGGAACGUCCUUCACCGUGAAGUACCUGCGCAGCCGAGGCUACAUGUCCACCCCGCCGCCCGUGAAGGAGUACCUGCAGGACCGCAUGGAGGAGACCAAAGAGCUGCUCUCUGAGAAGAUGGAGGAGACGAAGGACAGGCUCACCGAGAAGCUACAGGAAACCAAAGAGAAAGUUUCUUUCAAGAAGAAAGUGGAAUAGGGUGCCUUACACGACAGGAAACAGCUGCACUCCAGCCCUCUGAGCAUCGGGCAGAU